CGCACGAGCUUUGCCGAUGUUUGGACCUUUCUGUCCCUCCCCCAGUUUUUGUAGCUCUGAUUGGAUUGAGCACGCCCAUUGGCUCCGCCACAGCCUUAGCUCCACCUUCCUCCUCUUUCACUCAGGCUCUUGCCUAAGAAAUAUCCAAACAAGCGCUGUUGCGUACACGACGACCUUGUCCCAUCAACUUCUCCGCAACAACACAAUACGUUCUUUACUCUCCAUUUCCUUUCGCCUUCGUCUGCAUCGACUCGCCGAUUAAAAUACGCUCGACACUUAUAGAGCACUCGCCAGGAUGACCGAGCCCGAGAAUUUCGAGGAAGAUCUCUUCGCCGAUCUCUACGACGAUGACACGCCAGCGAAGCCAGCUGCCGCCCAGCAACCCGCGCCGCCUCCCGCUCCAGUCGCUGUUCCUCAACAAAGCGUCGAGACACAUGCUGAGCCACCUCCCCAGCCUGAAGCGGAAUAUGGUGGCGGCGGUGGUGAUGAUCAAAUGAAGUACGAAGAAGAGGAUGACGAUGAUGAAGUAGACUUCAAUCUAGGUGGUGAUGGAGGCGGAGGCGGAGGCGGCGGCAGCGGCGGAAACACCGGUUACGCGCCGCCCUCGAAUGGGUUUGCUGGCAACAAGCAGGAAGAACCCACGUACUCGACAAGCACGGCCAAAAACCCGAGUGCCAAGGAAGACGGUUGGGACGCAUAUCUCGAUUGGAUUAAGCUGAAGCACUUUUGCUGCGGUCUGAGGGAACUCGGGCAUCAGUGGCCCCAUGGUAUCUCGUAUCGGGCCUGCUUGGUCUUGGGAACUUGGAUGGACAAGAGAGGGCAUCAAUACAAGACGUUGGCCAGCCACGUUUUGGGAAACAUUCUUCAGGGCCAUCAAGCAGGCCAAGGACAGAAUUCAGAGAAGACAUGA